GCAAUAAACAGGACAUUCUGCAAACCUGCAAAAUAAGGGGCAAAGGAUACAAACAAAUGCGUGUAUAAUAGGAAGAUAUUUAUUUUUUAAUAUAAAUAGCAGCCGAAAAGAAACAAUCACAACAGUCCACUGUCAUAAAAAGUCAUCCGACGGUGAAACAGUCAGACGUCAUCCGACUCAUUCAGGACAGGAAAAGGGCUUCACGGGAAAAGUAGUUUUCUCUAUCUCGACUUCCGCUACUUAACCCUUUCUGCGUUAAGCGAUCAGAGUUACAAACUACAGGUCCCAGAAUGCAUUACAAAGUAAUUAAUGACGCGGAAGGUAUUUGUGUUUAAAGACCAGACACAGCUUAUGCUGCCCAGCAUCAGGUACGAUAUUACUCUCCAGCGGGUGGCUUUUGUAGAUGCGUUGUAUAGAAAACGGCAUAAAAGGCAUAGAAAAGGGAAAGUAAGUAUAGAGCAGCUACUUAAAUUCAGCAGAAGUGUCCCUUUCCCGUGUUAGCUCUAACAAAGGCAGGCAGGGUCCGUCCACACUUGCCUCUUUGUUAGUGAAGUGGCAGCCCGUAGCGGCGGAUUCAGCGGCGGAUCGACCGAGCCGCGGAGGUUCGGCUCUCUCCCCACCCUCCCCGAGGCUGGACACCGCGAGCUGCUGCGCGGGAAACAUCGGCUUUUUCAUUUCAGGGUAGAUCAUUUGACGGAGCGAGAAGUCGCGGGACACCGAGUCGCACGGCACUGCCUCAGUCUGGUCUGCGAUUGGCCGUCAUCCGCAAAGCGGCACGAACGAUGAGAACACUUUGAAGAGACGAAGAGCGUUCGUCGUGGGAGCUCGACCCCGCCCCCCGCCGCACCUGCCCCCCGCCAUCGACAGCCGUGCUAAUGUUCUCCCCUGACCAGGAAAACAUCUCCACAGCCUCCACCAAAGUGCCAGUUAAAUACGGCGAGCUCAUUGUGCUGGGGUACAAUGGCUCUCUGCCCAACGGGGACCGAGGAAGGCGUAAAAGCCGCUUCGCGCUAUACAAGAGGCCCAAGGCCAACGGGGUGAAGCCCAGCACGGUGCACGUGGCCUGCACGCCCCAAGCCGCCAAGGCCAUAAGCAACAAGGACCAGCACAGCAUCUCCUACACCCUGUCUCGGGCUCAGACCGUAGUGGUGGAGUACACACACGACAGCAAUACUGACAUGUUCCAGAUCGGGCGGUCCACGGAGAGCCCUAUCGACUUUGUGGUGACUGACACGGUCCCCGGUAGCCAGAGCAACGCAGAUACGCAAACGGUUCAGAGCACCAUCUCGCGUUUUGCUUGCCGCAUCAUGUGUCAGCGCAGCCCGCCUUACACCGCGCGCAUCUAUGCCGCUGGAUUUGACUCUUCCAAGAACAUCUUCCUGGGAGAGAAGGCGGCAAAGUGGAAGACAUCAGAUGGCCAGAUGGAUGGUCUGACCACCAACGGCGUGCUGGUGAUGCACCCGCGGCACGGCUUUACCGAAGACUCGAAGCCUGGUGUGUGGCGCGAGAUUUCGGUGUGUGGCAACGUCUUCACUCUGCGGGAGACUCGCUCUGCGCAGCAGAGAGGCAAGAUGGUGGAGAACGAGACCCAGGAGCUGGUGGACGGCUCGCUGAUCGAUUUGUGCGGGGCCACGCUGCUGUGGCGCACGGCCGAGGGCCUGUCGCGCACGCCCACGCUGAAGCACUUGGAGGCGCUGCGGCAGGAGAUCAACGCAGCGCGGCCGCAGUGCCCCGUGGGCUUCAACACGCUGGCGUUCCCCAGCAUGCGCCGCAAAGAGGUGGUGGAUGAGAAGCAGCCCUGGGUGUACCUGCACUGCGGCCACGUGCACGGCUACCACGACUGGGGCAACCGCGCCGAGCGCGAGGGCCGGGAGCGCGAGUGCCCCAUGUGUCGCGCGCGGGGCCCCUACGUGCCUCUGUGGCUGGGCUGCGAGGCCGGCUUCUACCUGGACGCGGGUCCGCCCACGCACGCCUUCAGCCCCUGUGGCCACGUGUGCUCGGAGAAGACUGCAGCCUACUGGAGCCAGAUCCCGCUGCCCCAUGGCACACACACCUUCCACGCCGCCUGCCCCUUCUGCGCCCAGCAGCUGAGUGGCGAGCAGGGAUACAUCAGACUCAUAUUCCAGGGCCCUGUGGACUAGGCGUCCCCCCCCCCCACAACCCGUCCCUUUGGCCGCCGUUACCUUCCGUACCUUUCUGCUGAGCUUAAGACAAAAGCUGUAAACUACUUUCCUUUCUAAACCCUUUUUUCCCCCCUCUUCGCUGAAGUUUUUUUCUUCUUUACAAAGGCUUCUCAGUUUUAAGUGACCUUUAUAGCGAGUGCUGUUUUAUUUACAAAGAAAACAAAACAAAAAAAUGACUAUUUUAUUGUGAUAAAACAAAACUCCCCACAUACCUAUAAACGGACAUUGCUAGGGUGAGCAGUUUUUUUUUUCCCCCCCUUCUUUUGUAAAGAUAUUGAAGCAGUAUUUUAUUUACUAAUGUAACAAGAUUUUUAACACUUAUUAAUGCAAUAUUCGUUUAAAAAAAAAAAAAAAAA